AUGCGACUUCCGCCUCUCCAGUCUGCCCUGGCCGUCGGCGUCGCUGCUCUGUCGGCCCUGCCCUCGCACGUGUCGGCCGCCUUUAUCAACUUCGACAAUUGCCUGGACCAGAACAUCCGCAACUCGAACCCGCUGCACCUGCAGUUCGUGCCGCUGUUUGUCGACGUCCGCUUCAACACUUCGGCCUCGAGUCACAAUCUCAACUUGACCAUCUACGGCAAUGUCAGCGGCCAGGCAACCCAAGGCAGCUACCCGCCGCCCGACGAUCCAUUGUGGCAGAAUGCAGACGACAGCUUUGGCAAGAUUGUUGAUAUUUCUCCCUCCAACAACAGGUACUCGACGCUCUUCCAGCGCUACCAAGUCCUCACCUUCGAUGCUUACGAGGCCGAGCCCAGCCGCUUCUGCAACUCGACUCUCAACUCCGAAUGUCCCUUGACCCCGUCCUUCUUCGCCAACGCCUCCAACCCCUACGAGCUCUCGGCCUUCACCGUCAGCCACGACUUCUACAGCCCGUACGCCUUCGCUACCAUCGCCACCACCAUCAGCGCAAAGUCUGGCGACGCCGGCGCUCCAGACAUUGCUUGCAUCUCGGCAAACAUCACUCCAGCGCUCGGCCACACCCUGUCCGGUCUCUUGACCUACUUGCCCGUCGCCAUCCUCAUACUCGUCGCCAUUGCGACCGCUGCGGCUGCCAUAUACUCGCCAUGGGGCUCCACCGAUCCCUUCAAAUGGACCACAAACUACGGCCGUGAUCAGGAUCUGCUGCGCCUGGUGACUCCUGGCUUCGGUGACUGUUUGCAGUACAUACAAUUCAUCUUCUUGACGGGUGCCCUUAGUCUCAAUUACCCUGGCUACUAUGCCCCCGUCACAAAGCAGGCAAGCUGGUCUGCUCUGCUUUUCAACACGAGCUACGUCUCUCACGGACAGGGAACCAUGUCUCUUCAGGAUGGCAUCUACAUCACUAAUGGAACCUACGGCAUGACUCGUAUGAGCCAGCUGGUAGGCAUGACGGCCGUCCGCGACAUCUGGGCGUGUAUGGCCGUCUGGCUACUGGUCGUUUCCGUCGCUGCUGUCCUCCUUUGCCAACUAGCAUUUCUUGUGCGCUGGGUACUUCGCCUGCUCUCGAACACACAGGAAGAGGAUCUUCGACAGAAAAAUACGCCCUUGAGCGGAGGUAUGGUGGUGCGCAUCUUGUUCAAUUACUUCCUGCUGCCCGUCGUUGCUAUCUCCAUGUUUCAGCUGAUAGUCGCUCGCCGCUCACCUCCUUCUGUCGUCGCCAUGGCUGUCAUUCUUCUCCUCUCCAUCAUAGCCCUCGCACUGUGGAUCCUCAACCUGAUCUUUCGCACAAAGCCACGUGCUUACCUCUUCGACGACCUCCCAACCGUCUUGCUCUACGGUCCACUUUAUAACACUUAUUCUGAUGAGGCGGCUCCCUUCGCCCUCGUUCCCGCCAUCCUUACCUUCAUUCGGGGUAUCGCCAUCGGCGCAGUGCAGCCUUCUGGAAUUGCACAAUUAGUCAUCAUGGCCAUUUGCGAAGUCAUCCUUAUACUAACACUUCAUGCAUUCCGCCCCUUCCAUUCUCCGACCCAUAUGAACGCCUACCACACCUUUUUCGCUUCAGCAAGACUCGCUACCGUUCUCCUCAUGGUCGCCUUUGUGCCAUCCCUCGGCGUCACCGAGGCGCCGAAGGGCUGGAUCGGCUAUGCCAUCCUUCUCAUCCAUGGCAUAGUCCUCAUCUUUGGUUUCUUCAUGAACGCCUUACAGACUCUUCUUGAAGUCUUUGCUCGCAUGGCAGGUGCUGGAGGUGAUCCUCAACACGGCGCACAACGAGGAGGCCUGAUAUCGUUCGGUUGGCGUCAGCUUCGCAAGCGACAACCAGGUAGGCAAGCAAACAGACCUGGUAGCAUGAUGUCUGAUGCCGCUAUCUUAGCCAACGACUCGGACGCCAAAUCGCUCAACCUUAUGGGAGGACGAUCGAGAAGCAUGUCUGCCAGCUCCCAGAUGAUGCUUAGUCAGCAUUUACCUGAUAAUCGUGCUAGUGGCGGUUUUGAUCAGUUCGCUCAAUCCGAGUAUGGCUACACUCCCACCGUGGAAACGCCAACGACGCCUUACAGCGCAGUCCCUCAAUCUAGCGGCACUGCCGCCGUGCUUGCCAAUCCUGGCAAGCGUCCAGUGUUGGGUAUCAAGACAGAACAACCUCUCUCCGACCCCUACUACCGAGCGCCUCGUCCGCGUCGGAACACCAAUGAUCCAUACACACCCGGCGCUAGAAGUCGACACUCGACGAGUGGCGACUGGAAUAGGCUGCCAUACCUGGAUUCUCCAGAUCAUACACUAGCUGUUGACGAUUUAGGUGAAGGUAGCUCAGUCGCGCCUCCUUAUCUGCGUACUCAACACCGAGGCGCUUCAGAUCCGGACUUGGCGGAUCUGACUCCUCGUGAGAGGACUGACUAUGCUGUGAGAGAAGUUGACUACUACUAUGGUGUUAGGGGCCCAGCUCUCUCGAAUGCACCCGCCAGAAAGCUCAAAACUGGGCCUGCGGAUCCUGUAGGCCCUGUCUCAUCCGCAACCACAUGGUUUCAGCGUCUUGUUGGUGGAAAGCGAAAAGAUCAAGGCAAAGGGUUUGAGGUGGUCCGCAGCUCUCGUGUGCCCGGCAACAUGACUCGAGAGCCCAUCGAGGAUGAGGAAGGACAAGAGUUGCAGACUUCACCACCUAUGAACUACUUGCCAUACAAGGACUCGCCCGAUCCACAAUCAGCAGCAGGCGCCCGCAGAUCUUACAGUCCCGAGGGAUAUGGUGACAUGGGCAGCCGUCUAGGUGGAACUUGGAAUAACAUGGAAGUUGAAGAGUCGGACACAGAGAGCGAAAUUUCAGACAUACGACCCUCAUCACCGCCCUAUCUUCGACCGAUCUCUCGAGCUGGUAGCAUCAAUUUCGAUCAAGUCGACCACCCAGUCAGGGCGCCCUCGAGCGCGGCUGCUAAGGAUUAUUUUCCGACAUCACCACCGCCUCGUCACCUUUUCCACGUCGGUAACAGUGGAAGACCCACGAGUAUGGGCACGGUACAACAGCGUAUGACAGGCGACAGUGUGUUUCAAAGCGCGGGUGUUGGUGAAGGAAGUACGGCGGAAAUAGUGACCAGUGAUCGCACUAUGAGCAUGGAAUCACGGUACGCACCUCGCUGA